AUGGCUAGCAACCAGUCGUCUCAGCGACCACAGAAUCCCCGCAAACGGCUCUUGCCGAUUGAUCCGUUGGCCAUCACGGAGUCCUUGGGACUCCAAACGUUUCGCAAGGAGCUACGGAAAUCUUGGUCCAAGGAGGAAGACCAGAAAUUGCUUGAGCUUGUUACAAGGCAGCUUGAGAAGGUGGUGGACAUUGACAAUGUCGACUGGGAGAAAGUGGCCAAGGAGGUUAGUCUAGACGGGUCGAAAAAGGAGAAGAAUUGCCGCAAGCGGUGGAGCAAUUGUCUAGACCCGGCACUACGUAAGGGCAAAUGGACCAGUGACGAGGAUGAGCAAUUGGUCCGGGCUUUUGAAAAGUUUGGAGCCUCGUGGCUCAAGGUGGCGCUGGAGAUCGAGGGCCGCACCGAGGACCAAUGCGCUAAGCGGUACAAGGAAGUGUUGGAUCCAAAGACAAAAGACCGCUUAAAGCCGUGGUCGAAGGAGGAAGACCUAUUGCUUAUUGAGCAAGUCAAGAAUUUCGGCACCAAGUGGCGGACCGUGUGCAAUGUUUUCGAGAGCCGACCGUCGUUGACUUGCCGCAACCGCUGGCGGAAGUUAGUUACCGAAGUUGUCCGCGACAAGGCCAGCCCCGAGAUCAAACAAGCAGUGGAGCGGAUAACCAACGGAGACACACUGGUGCUCGACUCGUUGACGAAGCAACAGGAAGAACUAACCAAGAACUACCUAGACCUCGACCAAGAAACCAAGAGAAGAUUUAAAAGGAAGCGGACCGAGACCCGCGAGGUUUACAGCAUGCAGGAUCGGAAUCGAGACAACGAUGGUGAUCAUGGUGAUGGUGAUCAUGAUGAUGUUGAUGUUGAUGUUGAUGUUGCCAAGGAUACUCAGAUUGAAUGGAGCUACGACCUCGGCAGUAGAAACGGUGCAGAGGCGGCGACGGCGGCGGCGGCGACGGAGGUAAUGAGCAUCGGAGUGAUCAAGGACCGUGCCUCUGUUGAACUAUUGGUGGCGCAUGCAAAGUCUAGAGACGUCAAGAUCUCGAUAAAUCAACACAUCCAUCAUCAUUAUGCUCGUCGAAAGGGGCACGGGCGUGAAGUCGUUGCCAAAGGCGGUAGCCCGCAAGGGAUUUUGGAUGCAAGAGACGCCGUGGAGCCCGAGCAACUGAUGUCACGGUUCAAGCACUUCAACUACUUGCCUGCCAAGACGGAUGUGCCCAAGUUGAGUUCGUCGUCACCGGGGCACAUUGAGAUUAAGCAGCAUCAACACCACCACCACCAUCACCAUCACUAUCAUCCUCCCGAGAGGCUGCGAAGCCCUUCUCCGACCAAGAAUGACCUUCUUAGUCUGAACCCGCGCGAUGCCAAUGUGGCAAGCUUGUUGAACACAGACUCCUACAAUAAAAACAUUGAAGAUGAGAUGUCCAACUCAAACCCACUAACACCGCUCACGCAAGCUGUGGAAUUGCUCACGAAUGCAGGAACCCACAACACGUAUGCAAGUUAUCCGAGAAGCACCAACAAUAAACCACCUUUGGUGGAAUCUGGGCAGAACAGGAAGCUAAAUGAGGAAGUCAAUGGAGGAAUCAAUUUCUGGGACAGCGUGGGCGUGAGGACUGCGCGCGAGACGGGCAAGCACACGCGGCAAAUGUACGAUCACGUUGACAGGGCCUCGAAACAGAAAGAACUGGGUUUGGAGAAUGUUUCUCAUUACCAUGCCAACGCCGCGAAUGGCUUCCGAAACGCAACGACGCGCAUCCCCGAUGGCCAUCAAAGUCAAAAUCAACACCAACACCAACACCAACCAACAACCAACUUUAACGGAUACCAGCGGGGUACAAAUACACUACAAUAUGAUGUCCAACGCAGCAGCAACAACAACAACAGCAACAAUAACAGCAGGAAGAACAAAGCUGCACAGCUGCAAGAGGACUGGGAUGAAGAGGAUGAGGUUCUAGCCAGGGAAGUUGGCGAAGCUGGAGUAGACCAAGACAUUUUGGACUCCUACGGUUUAUUCUACAACGUUUACACCAAAGAAGGAUCCACGUUCCCCGAUUUCCAGCCAAACCAGCAGCCCUAUCUGCAUGUCGAAGACCAAAACCAAGUUAAAGAAAGCGUUUAUGACCAGUGGGGGAGCGGGUUUAUUAUCCCCUUCAAUCCUUCCUAA